CUCUCCACUCCACUCUCGCCUGCACUCCUCACCUCCACUUUCUUCUCUUUCUGUUCUCCAUAGUACGGUCAAAGGCUGCUUCCUUUGUUGUUGUUCAUCCCGUCUGGAACAGCCAAAAUCCGACUUUGCCCACGACCGGAGAUCGAUUGCCCUGUCAUCCAUUCGACCUGGAUAUUCCCCUUCAUUUCCCCUUCCCUCCUUUUUUUUUUUUACUUCCUUCACCUUUAUUCUUCAUCCCUUCCAUCCCCUUGCACCGCACUCGCCGUCCCCAAACACACAAACAACCAAUUGAUAGCCAGCCUUCUUUAACGAUCUACCCUCAAGCGAACGAACCCCCUGACGACCUUAACACCUUAACGAUUCUUUAACGCCCAACACCUCACGACUCCUUUUCCUCUUCCUCUUCCUCCUUGCCUUCUCAUCCAACAUCGACUCAUCAUCACCCUUCCAAUGAACGAUCAGCGACCCAUGCACAUCCCCAUGCCUCAAAGGCCUCAAUAUGGUGGACCAGAAGGGCCCGCACCAGGCGCUCGUUACCCUGGGGCACACCCCAAUCAACAUCCAUUGAGGGCUAUUCCUAUGCAUCUCCAACGCCCGCCAUUUGAGCAGCCAAUGCCUAAUCAUCCGAAGGCACCCAAUCCCUUGGAAGAUCUGAUCGAUACCGAAAAGGAAUAUGUCGCUGAUCUGAAAGUCCUGCUUCAGCGAGUCUCAGCUGGAUGGACUCAGGAUGAUUUCCCGCCAAAGGAGGUCGACGUUCUGCUCAGAAAUAUUGAGGAUAUCUAUGCCGUCAACCGCAAGUUCUCCAAAAAGCUGAACGACGUGCAUGCCAGCGGCGAUGUCAUGAAGGAGCUGGGAAGCGUCCUCAUGUGGUUCGUAGACUCGAUGGAGACCUCGUACUCCAACUUUUGUCGCAAUCAUGUUCCUCAUUUCGACAACUGGCCCGAGAUUAUGAAUAAUUCGCGACUUCAGGAUAUCUUGGCAGAAAUCGCUGCAGAGCAGGUCCAGCAUGUCACCUUGGACACCUUCUUGAUGAAGCCCAUCGACCGCUUGCACUACUACCGUCGGUUAUAUAUGCGACUGCUGGACUCUUCUGAGCGCGGAAAGCCGGACUUUGACGCAUUGGAAGCAGCGUUUAUGAGAAUCGACACCAUUUUGCGAUUUGUGACAGUAGAUGUACCAGGAACUUCUCGCCACCCAGCGUCACCAGCCUUGUCGGCCAUCUCAGGCAUCUCGGCGAUGCGAAAUGCGCUUCCUUCACCUCCAAUUACUGAUCAAAACCAGACCUCGCCCAGGUUCCUGGCACAGGGAAGACUUAACAACAACACCUCUCCUGCCCUGCCACCCUCUCCCAUGUCCCCCAGCCACCGGCCCCAGCAGUCGCCUGCCCGCACUGCGGAAGCAAUGCAGGAGCUUGAACGAUCGCUCGACACCUCGCAGGUUCUGGACCUCUUCACGAUGGAGCCUAAGACAUGCGCCCUGUCCUUGGCUCUGAUCGAGCGCGAUGUUCACAUCCGUGGCGAUCUUGCUUUUACGAUCGCCAACGAGGAUGGGGUUGUGGAGAGAUAUGACGAUGGACACAUCAUCCUACUCUCGGAUUUGCUAUUGAUGUGCAGGGUCAAGACGCCUGAAGAGAUCGAGCAGAAUCCUGAAGGGGACGAGUCUUCGAUCUGGCUUUUGUUCCCUCCAUUGGCGAUUAGGCACGUUGUCGCCAGAGACGGCACUAUUGACGAAGGAGAUCACAUUGUAGAACUCACGAUUGUCAAUAGGGUCACUGCGCGGAUUUGGACACAGGAUGAGCAGCUGAAGUUCAACUGGAUGGAUGAGGUUGCUGACGCUCAGCAAAAGGAUGCGGCCAAGGUAGCUCAGCAACAACAACAACAACAACAACAGAGCCAACAAUUGAACAGAAAUGCCACUCAAUCACACCCUAUGCGGCCCAUGGGAUCGCCCCUGUCGCCAACUUUUCAUGGCGAUCCUCGUCAACGUCCAUUCAAUAACGGUCCUAUGUCACCUACUUUUCAGGGACACCAUGGCGGGCCCAUGAGUCCUCGUCCACAGCCGCCCAUGCUGGCCAUGGGUGGUCCUGGACCCAUGAACGGAAUGCCUUCUCCAGGCUAUCCACCACAAAUGUCUCCUGGCGGAGGAAUGGGCAGGCCCAUGAUGAACCCAGGCGGACAAAUGAACCAGCGACCCCCUCGCCCUCCAGCCAAUCAUCGCAUGAGCAUGCGGCGAACGAACACUGUGACGGCAAGACCGGGUCCUCCACGAAGGUUACCUACGCUGGGCGAGGUAGCUGCUCCGCAGGAAGUCAUGUUCAAAACCAGGCCUUGCGAUGUGUUCCAAUGGCGCGAUGAUAUCUGGGACCCUCUGGUGGAGAACGAUGAUUGUUACGCCGAACUUCGCUUGACGACGGCGAACCGACUGGCGAUGGCCGUGACGACGUACGAGGGUGGACAGCUGGUUCUGAAUGCCUGGAUCGUAGAGUCGACUACGUUUAGACGUGCAUCCGAGACUGAUGUCAGUAUCUCAAUGGACAUGGGCGCGAGCGUGCAGUGGUUCCUGGUCGCGUUGAACUCGAUAAAGGAAGCGGACGAUUUCUGCAUGGCGUUCCAGCGAGCCAAGGACCGCGCGAUGUAUGAUCCGAGUCUGCAAAAGUCCAACCUCCCGGUCUUGUCUCGAGGUCAGAGUCUGGCCUCGACACCGACGCGUCAGCCCCAACCAAGAGAAAUGCCCGUGAAGCAAACGCUGACAUCGAUGCACCCACCCGCAGAGUGCAAACUGCUACUCCAGGCAGGCGAUCAUGGACAGUGGAUGAGCUUAGGCGCAGCACGAGUCGAGAUCAAGAUGGAGAAGCCCUCGGGCUAUGUGCGGUUGUUUGUCGGCCUAGUGUCGAACCAGAAGCGAAUCCUGGACAGCGUGAUUGUUCAAUGCGACUGUCUGGAGCUGGUCGGAACAAAGAAGCUGGCCAUCACGUUGAUGAACCCACAGGAGAAGAUGAGCAUUAUUUACAUGCUCCAGUUUAAGGACGAAAUCAUGGCGACAAAGAUUUACGAGGGCCUCAGUCUGAACCAGAAUGAAUAGUGCACGAUGGGGGGGGGGUUUUUUUUUAUAAACGUGG